AUGGCUCAUCCCGCACCAUAUUUCCGGCCACAGGCUUCCAGAACUGGCUUCAGGAGCUCUAUGGACUUCGCUCACGUUCCACCCUCGCGCUUGCCUGUCACUGUGCACGGAAAAUCAAUACCUGCGUCAGUCACAGAACACAGUUUCUCAGAAACGCAAAGUUCAGAAUGGCUAGAGACUUCGUUCGACCAGUCUACAGCAGCGUCCACCAUCCAGCGCCGCCCUGGCAAUUGCAAGAAAGACAAUAAAAAAAGGGGACAGAGACGAAGGAAACAAGCGCGUCAGCUUCAAUUAGAGCACAAGCAGCUUCAAGAGCACAAGCAGCUUCAAUUAGAGCACAAGCAGCUUCAAUUAGAGCACAAGCAGCUUGAAAUUCGAAACAAGCAGCUUGUCUGUCAACAAACCCAGGGCCAAAUUGAGAAUCAGGGUCUACGUGAGCAGAUAAGGCGUCAUAAGGAGAGUUUGCGAAAAUUCCUCUACAGAUGUCAUGUCAAAGGUUCUUCUCUUGCCAAAUCAGUCGACAUUCUGCUCUCAGAUGCGCAACGUGUCCCAGAGGUGUACCAAAAAUGUGAGGUACGAGCAUCAAUUCGCGCAUGA